AUGUGGAGCUCCCGGCCUCUAACCGCCUGUCGCCUGGAGGAGUCUGGAGUAUGGGUUGACGUCCCGGACACCCAACUUGAGCUUGUUCUGGAAAGCGAAGUAACAUCCUUGAUAUCCUAUAGCAUUGUCGUUGUUGCGGCGAAGCCCCAGCUUCCUGGUUCGUCUUUUCUUGGAGAACAGCGUAGCAGCGGUGGGAGCAAGGAUUUCCUUCAGAUGCGAUUGGUUGUUAAUGGGCUACCAAUGCGGCAAUCGGCAGCAUUCACAUCCCCUGCUGGUCCAUACGAGUCGUACGUUGAUACGCUUGGCGGCCACCUAUCGAUGGAGUUUGGGCAAGGGAAUCACUCGGUUGGGCUACAAUGGAAAAAGUCUUCUGGAGGGAUUGUCACCAGUUGGAGCAAUCGACCAAGCUCCCACGACGGGUUUGCCGGCGGAAGGUCCAUUGUAGUAUCGGCUCAACACCGCUACAUGUGGUACUCAGCGGAGAGCAACGAUGAUGUGCAAAUAGACCAAACGGGGACAUGGAACGAAAUACCUGGGUUGAGACUCCAACUCGAGUUACCUGAGCCCGCCAGUAUCCGGGUCCUGUACUCAAUGUCAGUCAUGCCGGAUCAAAACUUCGACAGCGACGCAAGUCACCCUGCGGAAGAUCUGUCAGCACGUCUGGUAGUGGAUGGGGUACCAUAUCGCGAGUCGGUUGGCUCCUACGCUUUGCUAACCCGGCACGCGAAAAGCGGCAUGCUCGAAAGAGACAUUGUUCUGAGCCUCCAGGCCGGCGAGCACACCAUGGUGGUAGAAUGGCGCAAGUGGGGCUCGUACAUUCGAGCUUGGAGAAACUCGCCCUCCUUCUUGGACGGGUUCGCCAUGUCGCGCUUCGUCGUUGCUAUGGGAGAGCGCUUCGACGUGGUGUCACAAAAUUUCCUCACUCCGGUUGUCCUCAAAGACCCUCUGAACGAAUGGCACACGGUAGGAGGAAAACAGCUCGAGUUCUAUCUUCAUGGCCCAGCCACCGCACUCUUCACUUAUGGACUGCCCGUCACGCAGUAUGGCCAUCCAACCUUUGACUCUUGGUCGUGGGAACGCUGGAGCUCUAUCCAAGCGCGAUUGCUGGUCGAUGGGGUGCCGUACAGGCAUUCUGCGAGCCAGCGAGAUGGGUCACAGCGAGCGGUUGGCGAACUUCGAGGUUUGCUUGUCGUGAGUUUGGCUUCUGGUAGCCACACCGCGGCGCUUCAGUGGAAAGCUGACAGUACCCACGGAUCGGUCCCGUGGUACGUGCUGAACGGCGUCGGCGGUUUUUUUCAGGGAGGAGAGGAGCUCUUGGUUCUGGUGAACGCUGAGAAUAACCAGCCGGAAGUUAUUUUGCCGUCGGGCCCUUUCAGUGUCAACGAGGACGAAGAGACAUAUAUCUCUGGCGCACGCGUUUCAGAUGUCGAUAUGGAAGUUUCGGCCAACUACGAGCUUGCCGUUCGAUUGUCGGUCGAGCAAGGGGUUGUGUCCCUCAAUGGCACUGAUGGACUCGGUUUCAGCGUUGGCGACGGCGUUGAGGAUGAGCUCGUAUACUUUCACGGGUCCGCUGCCAACGUCGGUAAUGCUUUGGGAAGCAUAUCAUACCGAGGGCACUUCAACUGGUACGGGAAUGAUACGCUGACUCUGACAGUGAAUGACCAGAUGUAUCUUGGGGCAGGAGAAGCCAAAUCCGAUACAAAGCAGGUCAUCAUUACUGUGGUGUCAGUCCCAGAUGCUCCUGAGAUUGUGAUUCCCACGAGCCCUGUCGUCGAGGAAGACGGUGAGCUCAUCCUCAGUGGUUUAGGCAUGUACGACGCUGACGUGUCCAGACCUGGUGACGAAGGGCUGCUCUUCGACGUUUGGCUUGAGGCUGUCUCUGGGCGGCUCUCGUUGAAUGGAACAUCGGGGCUGAUGUUCACCACAGGACAGGGGAUUUCCGAUCGCUUCGUGUACUUCACGGGCACUCUUACGGGUAUCAACGAAGCCGUUGGUCUGCUCACAUAUGUACCAGAUGAAAACUUCAACAGCCAUCAGCACGCAGAGCUCUUGACGGUCUCGGUAUGGCAAGUAGGAUCCAGCGAAGUCAAGGUGGUGGAUGGGGCGACGUAUGGGAUGGAGAUCGUGUUGACCGGAAGUGCAGAGGACCUGACGUCAGAGCUGGCGCAGGCAGAGUUGAUGUACACCAGAAGCCCAGGUUAUGACGGCCCACACGCUUUUCAGGUCAGCGUUGGGGAUGGAAGCCUUGCAGGAAUCGAGCGGUCUGUUUUCGAGGUUAGCUUAUACCGCAUGGGAGACCCAGAUGCCACGAUGCCGUCUCCAAGAAUCAUCUCGGUAGAGCCCAAUCAGAUAAGCCCCGAAGGUCGCGACACGGUUUCGAUUUUUGGUACUUUUUUCGAUACGUUCCCUGAUCCUUCGGCCACGGUUUACGUGCAAUUUGGGUCCAGCGAACCAGUGGUUGGUGACGUGGUGGAUAGUACCGAAAUUGUUUGUACGGCACCACCGACAACCUCCAGCAGUACCUAUUCGGAGGGUGUUCAAGGCUACUUUGUGUUCGUAAAGCUCACAGACCUCGUGAACUUCUGGAGCAAUGCUGUCCCACUUUUCGUCGAGACUCAGCCGGACGUCUUGUCAAUAUGGCCAGAUGCUGGUCCCGCUUGCGGAGGGACCAGCGUGUCGGUUAUCGGACGAAAUUUUCUCCCGUCAGAGUCUUUGAUGUGCGUGUUUGGCGAUGGCAAUGGCAACGCGUCAACUCUGGCCAGUUGGCGUUCUUCUGACCUCCUGGAGUGUGUUUCACCAUCAUGGGCAUUGCCGCAUGGAGAAGACGGCGUCAUCGUCCCGUUCGUUGUGAGCACGAGCAGGGAGUACGGCCAGCAAUCCGUCGCUUCCUUCCGCUUCGUGGCCUCCAUUGCUGUUGAGAGCGUUUCGCCCGAAACGGGUUCAGCAGAAAGCUGGACAAACGUUACGAUUUCCGGCGCACAUCUCAACGGCUACGAUCUUACUUGCAUCAUCGGGGGCCAUGAAGUAGUACCCGCAGUUCAAGAGGAUGCCUAUCUUCAAUGUACAGUACCACCCCGUGGAACUCCACUUGAGCGCACCUUCAGAAUAACGGUAGCAUCAAAGAUCGGUGCUCCUGGGAUCGAGCACUCCGAUCGAUACGAGGUGGUUGACGCCGACCUCGCGACUGUGAGCGAGACUUUGGAUUCCAUCAGCCAGGUCCAGCUAGGGCUUGGCCCGGGGACUGUCGUUCUUCCGCUUGUGCGUGGUCACCAGUAUUGGCUGGAUCAAAGCGAUGCAUCUAAUUUUGGACAUCCGAUAGCGUUUUCGUCCGACCCGAGAGGGGUCCACGGUUCCGGUGGAAAAGCUUGGACCAAGGGUGUGCAGCGGCUUGCUUUGUCUAUGGGAACACAUGCCGGUAGCGCCGUUGGUACAAACGGGACAGGAGCGGGCGUGGUGAACUUCCUCGUGCCAAUGGAUGCCCCAGAUGUCCUCUACAUGUACUCGGAAGCAUCCCCUGGGCUGGAGCACGGCAUCGCUGCGAUCGUUACUGACCAUGUUGAACACACAUUUUUCAGGGUUGUUGCAACCCAUGGGUCUGCCUGCGAUUCCGCCGCUCACCCUUUCAGGUACCAUUCCGUUUCCAUCGAGAACGCAGUUUCAAUGGCGAAAGAUACACGCGUAGUGCUGGCGGGGCGGGGUUUCGUCAAUAGCACUCGGUUGGCAUGCAAGAUCGGCGACGCCGAUCCGGUUUCGGCAUUUUUUUCGUCUUCGACCGAGAUCAGCUGUCCUGAUCCUGGACCCUUCGCUGAUGAAACUUCGGCCGUGGUCAAGGCUACCGUGGACGGAAUCGAUUUUUCCGCGGGUAGUGCCUUGUUCACCCACAGUCGGAUGCCAUACGUGUUGUCAAUUCAUCCCACAACAGGGCCACAUCGUGGCGGUACCUCCGUAUUUUUGUCCGGAGCACACUUCCCCAAUUCUGGCGGACUUGUUUGCAGCUUCGGUGGGCUGCUUGUACCUGCGAGAUGGCUGUCAGGGGAGCUCCUACACUGUGAGUCCCCAGCAACGCCCGAAACUGGCGCAGUGGUUGUUCAAGCGUUGGCGGGUGGAGGCGUGUUUGCUUCGGAGGGGCUGCACUUCUUGUUCUACAGUGCGGCAGUGCUAUCGGCCAUUCCAAGAAUGGGACCUAGGGGUGGUGGCACGCUGGUGUCAAUUCUAGGCGAGGGAUUUGAGAAAUCUGGAGAUUAUGUGGUGCGUUUCGGGCUGAUGUAUGCCCAGGCCAUUUUCGUGACCUCGUCCGAAAUACAGUGCCUCACACCAGGACAGCUGAACGCCGGCGAGGUAGAGGUUUCGGUCACCGUCAAUGGCAUCGACGUUGACACCGGUUCCGACGCUGUUUUCACCUACACUGCGCCAGCCACCUUGGCGUCCAUUGAACCUACUUGGGGACUCAAGGACGAUGAGACAAUUAUCAUCCUACACGGCAGCGGGUUUGCGAAUACCUCCGAUCUUGCCUGCUCCUUCGGUGGGAGUGGAAUGCGGUUUGUCGCAACGUUUAUAUCCACACGGCAUGCUUCAUGCACACUUCCCAUCGGAAUCACUGAGGGUGAAUACGACGUGGACGUGACGACCAACGGGCAAGAGUUCACUAGGAGUGGAGCCACGUUCAGAGUGGAGGAGGAACCGACCAUUUUGUCCAUUUUUCCGAACAGUGGCCCACACUGGGGGGGAGAAGCAAUACAUGUCAAGGGCUUCAACUUCAAGCGUACCUCGCGGCUUGGGUGCUUAUUUGGAUCAACAGCCGUAAAUGCUCGUUGGGAGUCGUCGACAAGCUUGUGGUGUGUCUCGCCUUCUGGAGACACAGGCCACAGUGUCCCAUUCACGGUUACCCUGAACGAUCGCCCGUCCUCUUCUGAGGCACACUUGUUUAUGUUCCGGGAUUACUCUGCAGAGCAGUGCGUGGCAGGCCCCAAGAGUGCUCCAAUUGACCUUUUGGUGGCCAGCAGGGGGAACCAAACUCUGGAGGAAGCGUUUGGGCAAUACUAUAGUGCCAACAUCACGGGAGAAUCUUUCCAGGGAGCUGUUUUUCCGGACAACGCCCGUUUCAUUUCGGAGUCGGAGAUGCAAGAUGGAUGCGAAUCCCACGGCGAUUCCACUGCAGGCGCAGAUUUCGUCCUGGGGUAUGUGAACAACCACGCCAGAAAUCGCGACGCAACUGUCCUGCGCGUAGUUCCUGAUAGUGGCUCCUACGCCGGAAACACUACCGUUCUUGUUGUUGGCACCAACUUCAUCGACACUCAAAACAUCGAGUGCGUGUUUGGUGCAUCAGUGGUUCCGGCCCGCUGGCUCUCUCCGGCCCUGCUGACUUGCCUUUCAGCCCCUGGGGAUGCCCCAGGCAGGGUUCCUUUCAAUGUCGCCGUAAAAGGCAUGGCCUCGAGUUCUUCGUCUCUCUUCUUCUCGUACAAGGGUUUCCCUACUGUGAUCAACAUGCUGCCGUCAUUGGGAUCCGUUCAAGGAGGCACGAUCGUUUCAUUUCGAGGGGACGGAUUCGUAUUCUCAAGCGGUUUGAGGGCGCGCUUCGGAGACAUUGUCGUUCCAGUCACGUUUGUCAGCCAGAGAGAGCUAGCGUGCACUUGUCCGCCUUCCUUUGCUGGAGACGUCACCGUUCUUGUCAGCGACCAUGACCAAGCUUUGAGCAGUGUCAACAAGUUGAUCUUCACAUACACCGGCAAACCGGUAGUUGAAGGUCUCAAACCAUCCCGUGGAAGCGUCGCCGGAGGCGAGAAGGUGAGCGUCCGUGGACGACACUUCGCGAACAGUACGGAUCUAGCAUGCAUGUUCGGUGAAGCCGGCGUUGUUACGGCCAGGUUUGAGUCGGACACAGAGAUUGUAUGUGACACGCCGGCCUUCGUCGGGGAAAUGGCUCAAGGGUUGGAGAUCACCGUCAACGGCAUCGACUUUACAUCUGAUGGAAACAUUUUCACGUUCACCGGGGCACCUGCCAUUCUUUCUGCUACUCCAGACAGUGGGAGUGCCAAUGGUGGCACAGUUGUCGUCGUAGAGGGGGUCAACUUCGUCGAUUCCAGUGAUCUUUCCUGCCACUUCGGUAGCUCGUCAGUGUCGGCACGGUGGAUUUCGUCGCAAGUCGUUCAGUGCGUGACCCCUCCAGGCGUUCCCGAUACGACAGUUCCACUGGCGAUCUCUUUUUUCGAGGGUCAAACAACUAUCGGUGGUGCAGAAUUCUACUCUUUUGCACAACCCACCUUUAACGGGAUUUCUCCCAUGCAUGGCAGCAUCCACGGUGGAACUACGUUGUCGAUUUUUGGAGCCGGAUUCUGGUUUUCGGGUGGACUUCGUAUUCGUUUUGGGAGAACAGAUGUUCCUGUGACGUUUGUGAGCCCUUCUGAGCUGCGGUGCAAUUCACCCGCGACACCAUCCCCGGGGCUGGCUGCCAUACUCGUGUCUGUAAACGGUGUGGACUUCUUUGGGCGAGAUGACGCGGAGUUCAACUACGUGAUUCCGACAAGAGUGAUCACUGUCUCACCUCGGGAAGGACCGCAAAUUGGUGGGACAUCAAUAUCUGUCAGCGGGAGUGGGUUCAAGAUGGGCUCCGGACUGGGCUGUAUGUUCGAUGGAGAGAUUGCCGCAGCGACGUAUCAUUCAGAGACACUAGUGAGUUGUGUCACGCCCCCAGCCAAGAAGGACCGUCAAGUGGUCGUCACCGUUGUAAACGGCGGACCAGAGCAUGCUGCGGAAGGCAAAGUGUUUAUUUACGGAGGAGGAGCCAGCAUUUCAUCAGUACACCCCAACAGUGGCCCAGUUUCAGGUGGAACACUCGUUCACGUCGACGGUUUUCACUUCGUCGAUGCGCAACAUAUUCGGUGUGUGUUUGGUGCUCAGGUCGUACCUGCGCGCUGGGUUUCCUCUACUCGAGUAGUGUGCACAUCACCUCAAGCAAGCGAGGCGCAAGGAGUGCCGUUUGCCCUCGAAGUUGAGGAGGUCCACCGCCUCGACCAUGAGACGAUGUUCUCGUACUAUGAGGAGCCGACCGUGUUGGGCAUAUCCCCGCAAGUGGGAUCUGUCGAGGGAGGGACGACGCUCGAUCUUGUUGGGGAGUUCACGUUCUCUAAAACGCUCACGGCAAGCCUUGGAGCUGUGGAAGUCCCCGUUGUAUUUAUCAAUUCAACCUUGCUUCGCUGCGUGACAGUCGCAUCAUCUGCGCAAACGGUUAAGGUUGGCCUCAAUGUUGAUGGAGCACGCGGCAUGAAUCAACCCACAUGGCGCUACACCUUCCACGGCAAACCUCGGGUGGUAGACAUCGAACCCUCUCGCGGGAGCAUUGCUGGAGGGGCCUUGAUUUCUGUACGCGGCGAAGGAUUCGAAGACACGAGGACCUUAGGUUGCAGGUUUGGGCCAACCGGCGAAAAUGUCGUUAAGGGCAAAUUCAUUUCAACCGUAGAGCUCGUAUGCACCACCCCUAUGGGGGAAGACACGGGACCCGUACAGGUGGAAGUGACUGUCGAUGGAAUCGAGUUCAGCGACAGUGGGCAUCACUUUACCUAUCAUGGAAGCCCUUUGAUCACCUCCGUCAGCACAGCAUAUGACAAUGCUGUUCUGGCCCGUGGCGGAUAUUUUGUUGAUUCCGAGACCCUUGUCUGCCUCUACGGUGCAUCGAGCGAGUCGCCAGGAAGGUGGAUUUCGACUACACUAGUCGAAUGCGCCCCACCAACAUCAGACGUGAUCAGCGCCGUGGGAGGAAACACCACAACCCUCGCCGUAGGCUUUGGCGGUGCAGAACAGACUGAAGCGGUUGUCUUUGAGCUAGCUCGUCCCGCUAACUUCUCCAGCCUUUCUCCCACUAUUGGCUCGUCAGCCGGAGGAACCAUGGUUUUCUUGCGAGGCACGGACUUCGUUUUUGGUGGAGAUCUACGCGUUCGUUUUGGUGGUGUCGAAGUUCAAGCCACGUUUUUGAACGAGACGCUAGUUGCAUGCGUUUCUCCUGCCGGGGAGCCUGGGUUCACCGAAGUGGUGCCCAUACUUGGGGCCGACGUCUCCGCAACCACUUCGAUUCAGUUCCAGUACGUCCAUGACGCAGAGGUGACAGAUGUUACCGUCACAUCUAGCGACAUCGUCGGACGUAAAACGGCAGUUGUGAGAGGCGCCAACUUCGUCAGCACCAGUCAAUUUCAGUGCAGAUUUGAUGAAAAUAUGCGGGUGCCAGGUAUCUUCAUAUCGGCGAGCGAGGUGUGGUGUGGCGUACCUCCGUUGACCGAGUCUGGACGAACGGCGCUGGAAUUAAGCGUCGACGGCUUCGUGUUUGUGCCAGCCGGAUUUGUGUUCGUGGGCGAAGAGGAGGAAUCUCUGCUAAUGCUUGACCCUUCGAGUGGCCCGGCCGUGGGGGGGACACUUGUUGUGCUAUCUGGUGGGAGCUUUCGGCGCUUUGAUGGAGUGGAAUGCUCCUUUGGUCACACAAGAGUUCCAGCCAUUUGGCUCUCCGAGGGGGAGAUUCAGUGCGAAAGUCCUCCAUGGCAAGAGGUGGAUCAGGUACAUGUGACAGCCUUGGUGGACGGCUACGAAGCUGGCGCUGGGGUGUUUACGUACGAGCGGCGUUUGGUUUUCUCCAUCUUUCCCGAGAAAGGCGAAGAUUCCGGCGGAACGCUCGUGACGAUAUCUGGACGAGGAUUUGACAUGAGCAAGCAGUGGGUUUGUUGGUUUGGUCUGGAGAAAACGCCCGGCGUUGUUGCCGCCGACGGCGAAGGUAUGUCCCUGCAGUGCUUGUCACCACCAAGGGUUAGCUUGGAUACCGUUGUUACCCUCAAUAUCGGUGCUGGUUCUUCUCUCCCUGAUUUUUAUUCUGGGGUACCUUUCACGUAUAUCCCAUCAGUGAAGGUGAUUUCACUCUACCCGACGAGUGGUUCUACUCUAGGCGGCACAUCCGUCAACGUCAUAGUUCAGCACGGUUUCGGGAGGUCUCCCCCUCCGCUUUAUUGCAGUUUCGGUGAAGCGGGAUCUACACUCUCUACCUGGAUAAAUGAAUCGGCUGUGGAAUGCAAAGCCCCCUCGUCACCGUUCCGAGGGAAAGUUAUGGUGGGUAUCUAUUCUUCAAACGCGAACGGAAAUGAAAUAGGUGGGACUUGUCCCUACUGGUACUUCUACCCGCCGACGGUCUCGUUCGUAUACCCUCUUGAAGUGGAAACAAGCGGCAGCACACCGUUCGUCGUGACGGUUACGGGAGGAAACUUUGUGGGCUCUGGUCCUCUCUCCUGUCGAAUCAAUGGGACGAUGGUCAAUGCUUUGUGGCUAUCGGGAUCGGUCGUAGAGUGCCCAUUUAUGGCGAUUCUUCCAGGAGAGCACGCUAUCGAGGUGUCCAACAACAUGGUUGAUUUCGUUCUCGCAGGCGUGAUCCUCGUUACAUUGCCAAGUGAUAGCCUCGCGGUGAGCACAGGUCACGUCGCCCCUAGCAGGGGCUCUAUCGAGGGCGGAACCUCCAUCAAGGUGUUCGGACCAGACGUGGAACACCUUGGCUCUGUGCGGCAUUGUAUCAUCGGGGAUCUCGUGUUGAACGCGACCACGUCAAGCAAGCAACAUGUGGAGUGCGUUACGGCAGCUCACGAGGAGGGGACGCUACCUGUGAGUGUCUGCGACUCGUCCGACAGAUGCUCUCAAAGCCAGGGUGAUUUUUCUUUCGUAGAUCCUCCUGUCGCGAAACGGCUUGUGCCUAACAUGGGUUCUGUGCACGCAGCAUCAAUGGUCAAGGUGGAGACAUCGAAGGGUUGUGGCCAUGAUUCUGUGGACGUUUGGUGUCGAUUCGACGAUAUUGCUAUACGUGCGUCGUCGGUACUCGAUGACUCCGUAACAUGUGCCUUUCCGACAAGCGAGGAUGGACUUCUUAACGUGUCCGUGUCGUGCAAUGGGGUCGACUUUUCGGACCCUCUACAACUCAUGCGCUACCCUGAGAUUUUUGUGUAUGACGCGUUUCCCCUUUCGCUUUCAAGCGAAGGGGGAUCAGUCGUUCACGUGAGUGGUCGAGGAUUUCAAAACGUGGCGGACGGAGGAACUGCGAGUCCCAGUCUGCUGUGCUUUUUCGACGAUACGCCACUACCUGCAGUGUGGGUAUCCGAAGCGUUGGUGCUGUGUCGCUCGCCUCCAAAGGAUCCUGGCAUGGCGGUGCUCAGUAUCUCGACUUCCAUGUACCAGGAGGUGGUAACAACCGUGAAUGUUUCAUAUGUCGACGGUGGCCAUGGCAACACCAGCUAUAUCCUGAGCCCCACCGCUGGAACCACGGAAGGGGGUACGGUCGUAUCGAUCACCGGCACGAACAGACUUACCGGCCCGGUGUUUUGCCUCUUCGGCGAAGAAGUUACGUCAGCAGUCUCUGUGUCUUCCUGUGAGGUUGCUUGCGUUGCACCGAAAGCUUUUGCGCAAGGUCGCGUGGAUGUCAACAUAGUUUGGGGGGACUACAAGGAGGCCGUUGGCGAAUUUGAGUACAAGACAUACGUCCUGCUCUCCAGUGUGCGUCCAGCUGUGGUAGACACUGAUGGUGGCACUCACCUCACUGUUUUCUUGGAGGAAGCUUCUGGCGCUAUACCAGAUGCAGCGAACGUGAGCUGCAGAAUCGGUGAUGACCUGGUGCCAGCCUUGGUGCACCCGACUGGAUUGAGCGUCGUGUGCGUCGCGCCUGCCGGACCGCCAGGACCUGCAGAAAUUGGCCUGUGGAGUGAGGGAUAUCAAACAUCGCGGGGAGACUUGAGGCUGUCGUAUGCUUCUGUGCCGAUCGUCAGCAAGGUUAACCCUGUUGGUGGGCCGUCUGGUGGAGAUACGCAAGUGGAUGUUUUCGGGCACAACUUCAUCUACUCUCAAGAUCUAGCCUGCUUCUUUGGCAACGAAAGGUCGACGCACAUAGAGUGGUUGUCAACCUUACAAAUACAGUGCACUAUACCAAAGCUGCUGCCAGGUAUUGCUCAUGUCACGGUUUCGCUCGACGGGGUCCGAUUCAGCGAGCCCUCAAACGCUUCAACGUACGCAGUUCAUCAGGAUAUUGUGCUUGACCGUCUGGAACCAGCCAUUGGACACGCUACUGGGGGCGCUGUGGUGGCGAUCACUGGCAACAGGAUUCCGCUGACGGGAGGCUUGGAGUGUCUGUUUGGGGAUGUUGCAACGCCAGCGGUCGUACUUAAUCGGACGUCUCUGGAGUGUGUAAGUCCCAAGCUGAGCGUGGGGUCGGUGGAUAUCAACCUGCAGUAUACGGACGGACGAGGGCGAAUGAACAGCGGUGGUGCACAAGUACGAUUCCAGGUCAUUGCCGAGGAGCCGACCGUUCAAAUUAUGUCACCAAUGUCUGGGCCUGUCGAAGGUGGCACGAGUCUUGUUAUUGGUGGCGCCUACUUUUCCAACGCGACGCGAAUUGUGUGUCGUCUCCAAGGCAGGACUAGAAGUGUCGAUAUUGUGGCAGAUUGGCUGUCAUCAAGUGCCGUAGUGUGCACAUCACCGCGAUGGCAUCAACCGGAACGGGCCGUACCUGUCCAACUACUGGUCGAUGGACGUGGCGCUCAGUAUUCGAGAAAUGCUACCAUGAUGUUCGAUUUCAGCGCGUCGCCGAUUAUCGAAGAGAUUCACCCGCGGCAUGGACCUGAAUCUGGUGGUACCGAGAUUCGACUCCGUGGCGCCAAUUUUCGCAAUUCGAGGACGCUGGCAUGUCUCAUAUGCACGGCGGGCGGCGAUGCAUGUACCACCACUAGUGGAGAAUGGGUGUCGUACCACGAGCUUAGGUGCAUUUCUCCCCCGCACGAGCCGGGCUUGACUACGGUGGAGGUGGUUCACAGUGGUCACGAAGCCACGCGCAAAGUUGCGCACUUUUUCUUUGAUCCCGCACCUCAUGUCACCAACAUUCAUCCUACCGGAGGAGGCUUGGAAGGUGGCACUGAGGUGCUUGUUACCGGGACCAACCUAGCGUUCACAGGCACCGCCAUGUGUCGAUUCGGUGACAUUUCUACGAAAGCAGCAUUCCACGCAUCUGGUGUUAUCUGCUUAUCGCCAACCCUCUUGACUCCCCAGAAGGUACUCCUCGAAGUAUCUGUGAAUGGUGCUGAUUUCACUUCGGACAGACACAAAUUUCAGUUCUUUGGGUCCGAUGCUGAAAUUUGGUCAAUUUCUGGGCAUCCAACUUACGGAGACCGAAGGGGCGACACGGAAGUGGCGGUGCAUGCUGCGUUCGAGACGUUUACGGGCGAAGGGUAUGAAUGCGUUUUCGACGACGAGACCACUCCGGCGCUCGUAACUUCUCCUUCCUCCGUAACGUGCCGUUCGCCACCGUUCGCCGGGGAGCGCAUCGUGGACCUCCGGGUGAAGUUAGCCGACGGGAAAGGUUUGACCGCGUCAAUGCCAUUCGAAGUUUUCCCAGACAUCGAACUCCACUCUUUGAAUCCUGCAUCAGGAUCAUCAGCCGGAGGUUACACCGUCAUCGUGCGUGGGACCGGGUUUGUGGAUACCUCGUUGAUCUGUUGUCGCUUUGGUGGCCGAAGCAUUCCAGCGGAGUUGCUAUCGACGAUCGCAUUAAGGUGUGUGGUACCGCCUCGAGUUGGCAAGGACCCGACUACGGUAGUCGUCGAGGUCUCGCACAAUUGUGAGGACUUCUAUGGUACGGGUCUGGACUUCAGCUAUGACAGCGACCUCUCCAACGCCCAGAAUCAGUCUGGGAGUGUUUCCCCCAAUUCACCUGUGGGCUACAGAAAGAGCUCGAUGCGAUGCGCGCUGGAAGAGGCUGAGGUCAACUCGUCAGACUACAGGGAGCAUCGGUCUAUUGCUUGUACUUCGCUUGUGGACCCUCCUUCCGUCCACCCAACAGAUCAAACCGGCCACACUGCAAACAUAAUCCAAGUUUCGCCUUCCUCGGGUCCCGUGGAGGGUGGCUCGAUGGUGGAUAUUUCAGGGUUGAACGAGGGGUUGGACGAUCACGAAGACACGGUUUUCUGUAAAUUUGCAGGCGGUGGAAAAAUCGUGCUGGCAAGUGCAUUCCCUUUGGGGCAGCGAGGCACGGUGAGGUGCGUAUCUCCACCGUGGCCUACUUCCGGCGCGGUGCUCCUGCAGGUUACCAGCAGUGAUUCAGAUGUUCUAACCGCACCAACGCCAUUCCUGUACUACCCACAGCCUAUUCUCUACGGCAUGGAUCCACUGACGGGGACGACUCAGGAACAGCCGAUGAUACAUGUUGUGACGAGUGGGACAUCUGUGAUGGCAAACCCAACGUGUGGGUUCUUCGAUGCCAUGAACACCCUCAUUGCCUUCAGUACCGCGGUGUGGACGACGAAGACGGGCGUGUGGUGCCGAACUCCAAUCGCUGAACCUGGGCAAAUGGUCGUCGAAAUAUCUGCGAAUGGUGUUGACUAUACACAAGGCUCUGGGUUAGUGUUUACGAUCGUCAUGGAACCCAUGGUUCUCGACGUUAGCCCGUUGGUGGGUGCUGCCACAGGUGGCACGGAGGUAGCAGUUCGUGGCACUUCUUUCGGGAUUUCAAGCACGGCAGUUUGCAAGUUCGACGGAGCACCAGUCCCUGCAACGAUAGUGAACAACAAUUUGGUGGUGUGUACAGCUCCACCCACCUCACGUAAGCUGCCUGCGACACCCGAGCAGGUCAACUUCGUUCUGACCCUGAACAGCAAAGAGGCGGGACCUUCCUAUUCCAACACCUUCCCCUUCAACUACGUCGCCUACCCCGUGGUGUCAGCAAUAUCUCCAAAAGCUGGGCCCGCAGCAGGCGGAACCAGUAUAUUCGUGGAAGGCGACAACUUUGUCGAUACGGGAAACGGUGUUGAGUGCGUAUUCGGGGCUGACGCCACUCCAGCAACGGUGAUGUCUGUGAACCGGGUUCUCUGUAGUUCUCCACCGCACCACGACGGAGACAUCGCAGUGGCCGUAAGAAACGACGGCGGCCGGGCCAUCGUUUCACAGCAUGGACCAAGCUUCGUCUACAACUCCUCUCUGCGGAUACCCCCGUCCGCCACGGAGGUACCAUCGACAUCCGCUGGCACCAGCUUCAACGAGAUCGACAGUGGAACGUGGAGGGGCAGCAACCACACUGCGUGCGCUACUAGUCGAGACGGGGUGGGCAGGAGCUAUGAUGGGAGUGGUUGCGACGUCACACGCGGUCGAGUGGAAUACAUCAGACCCGACAACGGACCACGGGCAGGAGGAACUCCUGUUGUCGUGACGGGGCUUUUCUUCGAGGCGAGCGGAGUUUUGACGUGCCACUUCGGAACACAACAAACCCACGGAUACGCCGUAAACACCACGCGCUUGGUUUGCUUGGCGCCACCCUCUCGCGAAAAUAAAUCCGUGCUCUUCCAUGUGGCCAGUGACGGCCGGCCUUUGCCGUCUGACGAUAUUGUGUACAACUUCGAGGACGCACCUGUCCUAUUACAGGUACAGCCACGAAUUGUGUACCAGGGUAUCGACAGUACCGAUGUCGUGGUGACCGGAGAAGGCUUCCGCAAUGACUCAUUGCUUGCUUGCCUGUUGGGUGAUGAGACCAUCGUACGAGCGAAGUUCCUGUCCGACACGUCCGCUGUUUGUUCUAUGCCGCGAAACGUCGGACAUGUUCGGUUGCAGUUGACCAAUAACGGUGUAGACUUCAGCUCAAGCGGGCAUGGCGUUGCCUUCGUUCCCCAACCACUCGUGACUGGUAUCGAUCGUUCCGCUGCACCAUCAUUUGGCGCGGCGGGCAUCCUUUUGUCGGGUUUGCACUUCUUGGACGUUCCUGAGCUUGCGUGCGUUUUCGGAGAACAUGUUUUCCCGGCAAAAUGGAUCUCAGCGGAGAAUGUAUGGUGCAAGCUGCCUGACCUACGUGUGCCAGACCUUGUGAAAGUGACGGUAUCACUCAAUCGCCAGGAGCUACACCGGGGUUAUACAAACUUCGAGAUUUUACCCCCACCAAGUGUGCUGGUGGAGUCUGUACAACCAGCAUUCGGGCCAUGUCACGGAGGCACCGUGGUCACCAUUGGAGGCAGCAACCUGAAGGGACGAGGAGAAACGGUCUGCAGAUUUGGCAGUGCGGGCGAUGUGGUUGCGCAAGUCGUCAAUACUUCCACCGUGCGGUGCGUUUCACCUGUAAGUCAGGCUGGCGAGAUGCGCAUCCAAGUUGGAACGAGUGAGGACCUCUUCAGCGCGGCAUCCGUGGCGUUUACGUUCGUUGAGGUACCAGCGGUCACCAGCGUACAUCCGUCAACAGGCGUUGUGCAUGGUGGGACUCGAGUUACAAUCCUGGGCUCCAACUUUGCCAAUACCACCGAGUUGGAAUGCCAUUUUGGCACUCAACCCGCCCUAAAGGUGGCAUUUAUAUCUGCUGAAGAGGUUGUUUGUGAGACCGCUCCGAGUGUGACGCCAACCGUCGUUCCAGUUACGGUACGCGUGAACGGGGUGGCCUCUGCAUCAUCAGUCAACUACAGAUAUGUCCUUGGUGCGACAGUGCUCGAUGUGUCACCGCACGAUAUAUACUUCACCGAGUCAAGCUGGGUGACCGUAACAGGUGUCAAUUUUAUCCAAGGCCCUGACCUGAAGUGCUUGUUCAACGGAACGCUUUCUGCUACGGCCCAAUGGUUAUCGCCCGUUCUUCUACGGUGUCCGGUUCCGAUCGCGUUGAGACCGGGUAGCCAAACGAUUCCAGUGGCUGUGUCGAACAACGGCCAAGACGUAUCGGCAUCUUCCACGAGUAUUCUUGUUCGACCACCCUUGAGGAUUCUGUCGGUUUCACCAGCCAGAGCUCCUUUCGAUCGGAGUACGCCAGUUGUUAUGUUUUUACGAGCACACAACCAAUAUCUUGCACACCAUGCUGCUGAAAAGCAACUCUUUUGCCUCUUCGACGAUGAGCCCGUGCAGGCCGUGUCUGCGCUGACGCUGGUUCAACAGUGUGGUGUGCAAGCUGAAGGAGCAUCGUUUGAGUGUGUUUCUGUCCGGUGUACAGCGCCUUCUCAGCUAGAAGCACGGAAUGCUUCCCUGCGUAUCGUGGAUGGUACAGGAGCUCCACUCACUAGUUCAUCAAUCUUUGCGUUCGACGUAAUGGUCACACCAUCCUCCAUUUCUCCACGAGUUGGAGCGUUCGGAGGCGGGACGGCAAUCACGAUUGAGGUUGGGCCCACAGGAUUGUUCAAGCUGCCCGAAACAGCCGGCUGUACAUUUGCUGAUGCGUACGACACGGUUUCGGUGGCAGGCGAGGUGUCUAUGGGUAAUUCUGGUUCGCUGUUGGUGGUUUGCUCCUCUCCUCCUUGGCGGUUACGUCCUGGGCAUCAAUCGUUGGUCAAGCUGGAACUUGCUGUGGACGGCUUUCAGGGAAAUAUCGACGACCACCUCUUCCUCUACUCCAACCGAGCGAAUAUCUUUGCUCUCACGCCUCGCUGGGCUACGGAUAAAGGCGGCACAGAAAUUCGAGUUCGGGGAAUCGGCUUUAGCCCACAUUCACAUUUUGCAUGUGUAUUUGGAGGCGAAGAGAUUUCUCCAGUGAGUUCGGCCGAUCGCGUGUCAUCAACAACAGCUGUGCGACUGUCCGACAAUGAGCUUCUGUGCGAAUCUCCGGCGCGCCCUCCCGGACCGGCGUACCUUUCGAUGACUGUCAAUGGAGAGCAAACGGACGGUGUUCUGGAGAUUCUGAUCAAAUCAUCAACACGGGUCAAUUUCCUGUUGCCAUUUCAAGGACCAACAUCCGGGGGUACAGUUGUGAGGUUGAGGGGGAGCAACUUCUUCUAUACAGGAUUAAUAGCGUGUAGAUUUGGCUCCUUCGACGUUCAAGCGACCUUUGUGAACUCCAGUUCACUUCUCUGUGUUUCACCACGAUCGCCUCCUGGUGUCUACUCGGUAAGCGUGGCUAUGGAUGGAGAACACUUCGAGGAUUCCGGGUUGCUCUUCCAUUACUUCGAGGAUUUAGGCAUAUUGUCCUUGACACCCGCAUAUGGUUGGACCACUGGAGGCACGAACGUCACUCUGAGCGUUGCGGGGUUACAGCGCUACGAACAGGACGCUUCGUUUAUUUGCGUGUUCGGGAGUCAUCGUGAAGCAGCAAUCACCGUGGAUGUCAACCAGGGGAGUAUGGUCUGCUCCUCUCCUACGGCAACGCAGGCGUCCCUUGGAACUGGCGUUGGUGACGGGAUGACGGUGAUAGCUGUUUCUGUCGUCGACAGCUCAGGCGUUGUGUCAGCGACAUCGAAACCUUUUCACUAUGCGGCACCGGUGACAGUAACCGCUGUGGUUCCUGAUCGCGGGCCAACAGGCACUCCUGUGCAAGUGUUGGGAGAAAAUUUCGAUGCCAGCUUCGAGCUUGAGUGCUUGUUUGGAAAGUUGAGAGCCCCGGCGACGUUCGUCACGUCCCAAAGGGUUGAUUGCCAUGCACCGGGUAACCAAACUGGCCAACUUGGUGUAAGUGUUUUGUCUGGGGAAACGUUGCCCGCUUGGCACGCCAGGGCCUUCUUCACGUUUGAGCAGCCUGUUGUUCUACUGUCCAUCGACCCUCAGAGGGGCAGACACGGCGAAAGCACGGCCGUAGUGGUGAAAGGGAGUGGCUUUCACCCGUCAGCUGAUCUGAUAUGUCGGUUUGGCGAGCUGGAGGCGUCUGCAACAUUUAUUAACUCGACAAGCGUACGCUGCCUUGCUCCCCCAGGAGGACGGGGAAGCGUCCGCGUGUUGGUAUCUACACGAAAAACGCACACGGUGUCGGGGAUACUGCACUUCUUUUACGAGACAGAAGUACUCAUUCCUGCACUGAAUCCAUCGGAAGGUAGCCUAUACGGGGGCACUUUACUCACGAUCAAGGCCGACAUCUCCUCAACUACAUCAAACUUAGAGUGCACUUUCACGUCUCAACGGGCGACUGGAGCGACUAGUACCUCAAGCACAGCGGUAGCCGAAGGGGAUACGUUCAAGUGCAAGACGCCACCAUCGCCUGGAUUGACAGUGGGAACAGCUUGGAUGAGCUUGACGCAAGGGGGAACUACGAUAGCGGAAGGAGCGAGUUUCAGUUUUGUCAACCCCCCGGUGGUGCGUUCGGUCCACCCUCAACAUAGCUACAGGAGGGAUGGCGAACGCGUGGUAAUAUCAGGCGAUAAUUUCGUUCCGUCGAAGGAACUCGCGUGUAAAUUUUCCACACCGUGGAAGGAUGGGUCUGUGUUAGCCCCAGCCCAAUUUAUUUCACCGACCAAGAUCGCGUGCGUCACGCCAGUGUUGGAGGCGGCUUUGACUUCGGGCAUCCAUGGCCGUGUGGAAGUUACCACGAACGGGGCAGAUUUUACAUCAGCAGGUGCAAGGCUCACGUUCCAGCCUGCAGCCAUUAUAUCUGCCGUGUGGCCUGGCUCAGGAGUGUCCACGGGAGGAACGCCUGUAACCAUAACUGGAGUGGCGUUUCCGAGCGAAAAACUCUCGUGCCUCUUCGGGACGUCAACCGUAUCAGCAUGGGUGAUGUCUGAUUUCAAAGCUGUCUGUAUCAGCCCGCCAAUGCCACAAGGAUACGAUGGGCGAGUACCUCUUCGACUCGUAGUCGAUGGCCGGAUAGUGGCUGCCAGAGGGGCGGAGUUUACAUACGUUCCGAGGCAACCCAGGGAGGAUCCGAUGUUAAGGACGCUGGCGCCCAAACGACGCGAACAGGACGUGUUCUCCGGGAUGUUGUCACUACCAUCUAUCAGCAAUUUCGAGCCGACCAGUUGUUCGAGCUCCGGAACUGUGAUGAUCCUUGUCCACGGUUGUAACUUUACGAGUUCGCCUACAUUAGCGUGCUCGUUUGGAGGAGUCCACGGCGAGGCGACUUAUCUGUCAGAUGUGGCUGUGCAGUGUUUGGCACCACGGCACAUGCCGGCUGACGUGCUCCUGGAGGUCUCCAAUGACGGCGCAACAUUUUCUGCCUCUGGUUUGACGUUCAGAUUUUACUCGGAUCCCUGUAUUCUGUCCAUUGACCCUUCCCACGGAUCAGUCGAUGGAUCUACGCACGUGACAAUCACGGGUGGCCACUUCAGACACUCGAGUCAUGUGACUUGCCGUUUCGGGGAUACGACUGUUCCUGGGAUCUACCUUUCGUCGAACAAGAUAGAAUGCUGGACGCCACCCAUGGAGAACGCAGGGGCAGCAGUCCAAGUACAGGUGAGUAACGACAACGCCAGCUUCUCCUCUGAGUUCCUGACGUUCACCUACGACAGAAGCAUGGUGAUUGCAUCAGUAACCCCGCCGACAGGGGCGACCAGUGGUGGGACGGAGGUGCUUGUCACCGGUGGACACUUCCUGGAUUCGACAAAGAAAGGAUGCAAGUUCGGCACUAUUAUGGUUCCCGCGAAGUUUGUCACAGACCAGGCGGUACUAUGCACGACGCCACCGCAUUCGCCUGGUGCGGUAUCUCUGGAAGUAACGUCCAAUGGUGCCGAUUUCUCGUUUUCAGGGGCAGUAUUUACGUACCACCCUCAUGUGGAGAUUGGAUCGAUUUGGCCUGUCUUAGGCCCUGCUUCCGAAGGUGGUACCGUCGUCACGGUGAACGGGGAGGGGUUUGUGAACUCGGCACAGCUCGUGUGCAAGUUCGACAACGUUGUCGGGAUCGGAGCAAAGUGGUUGUCGUCAACUGUGGUUUUAUGCACGGCCCCGCGGCAUCGGCCGGGUCUGGUGACGGUUUAUGUGGCGAACAAUGGCGUUGACUUCUCUCCGACAGCCGAGAAAUACUUGUACGUGAACGAGUCUUCGCUAGAGGAUGUGCGACCGACUCAAGUGCUCGAGACGGGUCAGGUCCCAGUAAUGGUGAGAGGGUCAAACUUUUUGAACACGAGCACGCUGGUCUGCAGGUUUGGAGACGUUGCGGUGAAGGCAUCGUUCCUCAGCCCAUGGCUCGUGACCUGCGUGGCACCGUCCCACUCGGCGCAACCACGCUUGCAACGUACGCUUGGAUUCUUCCCGGUGGAAGUGUCCGUCAACGGGCUAGACUACACAGAUAGCGGGAAGAUGAUCGAAUACGUUCAGGCGAGCCCAGAGGGCCAAUUUGUGCAAGACUGGGUGCCCACGUUAUCUCCCAACGGCACGUACUGCGCUGGGGUGGGCAACACGAAUUUUUCAUUAUGCGAACCCGGGAGCUUCCAACCCUUGUCAGGCACAGGGCGGUGCUUACCGUGUCCCGUCGGGUUCAUGUGCCCAGAUUUCGGGCUCUCGGCUCCUGUGGUGUGCCCUGCUGGAUUCGUGUGUCAUGAGCUGGGGCUGGUGGGUCCUUGGCACCCUUGUCCGACAGGUCAUUUUUGCCCGGAGGGUACAAAAACCGCUCGUCAUGACGGAGUCUCAAACUCAUCAGAGGGCUAUCAGUGGAUCACAACUUCUGGCAGUGGAGCAGCACUCUUCAAUAAUUCUGCCAGGAACGAGCAGUUCGAAGCUUUUGAGCGCCCUGGACCCGCAACCGGGGAAGGUCGUCGGGAGCAUGCUCCAAGAAACGCCAUCCUCGCUGAACAACCUCUUCCGUGCCCCGUCGGCUUCUACUGCGGGCAAGGUGUUGCCGUCGAGACCCCGGUGUCCAAGAACUUCAGCACUCCUCAAAGGUGCUUUGAUGGGUUCUUCUGCCCCAGAGGGUCUUUCAGUCCGGAAGGUUCUGGCCCUUGCCCUACCGGUCAUUUCUGCCCCACCCCACUCGAAGCGAUUGAGUGUCCUCGCGGUCAGUUUUGCCCUGGAGUGGCCAAUACCAAGCCCAGAGACUGCACGCCUGGCACAUACAACCCUUUCAUGGCACAGUCCAACUGCACCCUCUGCCAAAGUGGCCACAUUUGUCCGGGAUGGGGUCAUGUGGCCCCACAAGUCUGCCCGCCAGGGUUCGUAUGCGUUGCGCAGGGUUUGUCUGCACCGGUUUUGCUUUGUCCGUCGGGUUAUUUCUGCAAGGAAGGAACUCUUACCGUGAAUCCGGCAGAUCCUGUCGAGCGGCGGCCUCUACCAUGCCCGCCGGGCACGUUCUGUCUCGGUGGUGUCGCGCACAAUAUGACGGUCGAUUGGAUAGCUUUAGCGCCGGCAGGAGCUUCGGCCCCCCAGACCUGCACGGAAGGGACCUACUGCGAGGAGGCAUCGGUUUCACCUUCUGGGUCAGGUCCAUGUUUCGAGGGCCACUACUGCCCGCCUGGCAUCAGCUACCCCAUUGAAACUCCGAUCGGGAACUUUGCGGCAGAUGAAGGCUCCGUGGUGCCGAUGUUGUGCUUUCCAGGAACUUACGCCCCCCUGACGGGAGCAAAUGAGUGUCGAGUCUGUCCGUCAGGCUAUACAUGCCCUUCCUAUGGAACGUACGAGCCAACCGUUUGCGAAGUGGGGCACUAUCGCUCGUUGUCUGAUUCAGUCACGUGCAGACCUUGCCCCACCGGGACUUUCUCGUCAUCGCCGGGAGUAACAGAUGUGUCGUCGUGCCUUCCGUGCCCUCCCGGUCGCAUUUGCGGUGUCCAAGCCAUGGUCAACCUCACAGAGAGCAAUGUUUGUCCGGCUGGGUACAACUGUGGUUCUGGAACAGACCGUUGGACCCAGUUCGCUCACAAAUGCCCUGCUGGGUUGUUCUGUUCAGCCGGCACGGAGCCAGAUGAUCAGUACGAGAGCGUGUGCGACGCGGGUUAUUACUGUAUCCGCGGAACGCCUAGCUAUUUAGCAACGCAGAACAAAUGUCCGGUUGGGUCAUACUGUCCAGAUGGCACAGCAUCAGGCGCGUCUUCAGAUGUGCGAUGCCCGAGGAAGACAACAAGCCUCGUGGGCGCAUCCGAACUCUUAGAGUGCAUCAUUGAAGCGGUGGAUGUCUGCGACAAAGUUGAAGUCAGCUCCAGGGAUCCAUCCCUGGAUUCUUCAUACUACAGCAGUUUCGUGUACACUCUGAUGGAUGGAUCUGGAGAAGAGAUAGCCUUCGACAGUACGCCGGCCAAGGAUCCCACCGGAGAAGUACAGGUUUUGGAGAAGAUAAUGCCAAUUAACGAAUCCGGCUCGGACCCAUUCUGGACGAACGACACAAUCGAGGUCUUUCGAGUUUGCCCAGAGUACGGCACCCAAAGCGCAAGCGAGACUACAACUGUCAUCGGUCGGAACUUUCGAGAUAGCGACGUUCUGAUGUGCCGGUUCAUGCCGUGCACAAGUUCCACUGCUGGGCCCCGAAAGUGCGAGAAGCUUCCGUCAAGUGAAACUUCUGGAGACCAGAGAUCUAUUGAGGUGGCAGCCACUUACAUCAGCGAGACAAGAGUGGAAUGUCCUAUCCCGGAAUAUGCUUUCCCGUCUAACGAUUCUUUCCUUCUCCUCGACGGCGUGUGCGAGACGGACGAUGCUGGAGUUGUAGCCUACGUGCAGAGCUGCGAAACAAGCGCCAUUUCCGAUGGAUCUUGUGAAGACGACGCAGGGGCCGGCUACCGUUUCGUUUAUGAUACACUGGUGUCUUGCACUGUUGAUGAAACGGAACGCGGGACAUGCGACAACACCCCAGUAUCAGGAAGGAUGUGGAACCCUUGCUACACAGCCGAGAUACGAAUUGACGUGUCAGUCUCUGGCUCCAUCUUCAGUGGGGAUGGCCUGUUCUACCCGCACUCAACUCUGCCCAGUGCUCUGGCCGAAGAGAACUACAUGGACUACACUGUGGAUGCAACGUUUGCUACCUACACAGUCGUGCUGGAGGACUACUGGCUUGACGAUACGAGAGUGGCGGACAUGGAUGCUCGUAGGUGCAUGACAAGAAGGAUAAGCGAAGAGAGCGAUAGACAGCGGGAGCAGGGAUGGUUCCUUCUCCGGGCUCUGCAGACCGCUCAAAUGUCCUUCGAUCUGUCACAUAUUCCAUCCAGCAUGGUGUACGACGAACACUACAAGUUGGCCAUAUACGUGACGCCUAGCAGAUGCGAUGACGAGGUCUGCAAUUCUGCCCGGAUUCGCCUCCCGGCAGCAGAGAAGUUACCCUGUCGCCAACCACUAGAUAUGCCGGCAGGGUUUCUGGACUCCAGCAUUCCAAAAAAUCAGACUCUCAACUUCACCAUUUUCGCUUUGGAGGAUGUCUUACUUAAGACGGAGGUCCAUAUAAUGCACGGCCUGUUUAUGCCAUCGGCAGCUUUCUUCAGAAACACCACAACCCUAAUGAAGAUGGCCCCCAGUCGAGCGAAGACUCGACUGGGAACUGUUCCAGAGAGCCGUGCUUUGAACCCGUUCGUAUCCUUCGAGGAGCGCAAGGUGGUGAAAGAAUAUUUCUUCGCGGCCGUCUACUAUGAGAGCCUCAUGAAUACGAUUUCAGCGCCUCUCAACAUGCCACCCCGAUACGCGGAGUUCUCGAAGGGCCGCGUUUUGGUGGGUUUCAACACAUCAAGUCAAAACAUGGAUACUCCAUGGCUGAGAGAAGACCGAGAAAAUGUCGCGAUAGCCAGCGACUACUGGGACAACCCGGCAGCAUCUGACGAGCUUGGGAAGGAGUUGAAGGAUACUUUCCACGAGGUGUUCGACGAAUAUGCUGUGAACGAAGACGGCACUCCAGCCUACGCCUUCUCGCAGUUGAUGCUACCAUACUUGCCCUACUUCUCCAACUGCCGUGGUUUCGACUCGCACAUCCCUGUGUACGCACUGUUGGAGAGUAGCCAGUGCGCCCUGCCGGACGACCGCGACUCAGAUUGGUGGCGGUAUGCGCAUCCUGUGUUUCCACAUGAAGACGAUGUUGUUCACGUCGGGCCGUGGGACGUUGGAAACAAGCCAAUAGCAGAUUGGUGCACCUACUCCAUCGAAUGCCAGUACGAGGAGGAGCUCGAGAGCGUCGACAUUACUCCGCGGUGGUUUGAAGCUGCGACAGGAGACAGUAUUUUCUACCUCAUUCGUGAAUCAAUCACAUGGCAGGACUUCACGGGGCGAGCUGAGACGCGUGUUGGCUAUGAAGAUGCGGGCACUGGGCAUAAGAUAUCGUCGCUAACCCGUGAAGAGGGAUCCGACGUCUUCGUGCCCAUCUCGGUUGAUCGCAAAGCGGCAAACACGUUCAGUGGUGGAUGCACAGAUCUUUGCUAUCCCAGGACGAUGACGUUGACCAUCGCCUACUACCAAUUAGACACUAGCACGAAGCGUAUCAUUGACGCGAAACUGAAGUUUGAUGACUUCGACAAGGACCCGUCUCAAGUUGGUUAUACACUCAACGUGGUGUACUACCCGCUGGACUACUGGGAAUUGAUAAUCAAGUUCGCUUUCGAGAACACCGUCUUCAUUGCGCUCUUCGUGGUGAUUGGCUGCACGUCAGUGCUGGUGGCAGCCCUUUACUGGCUGAAUGUCCGCAUCACUACACAGCUUGUAAAUCCAUCGCGGCUGCACUUCUGGAGCAUGUUCAGCCUGAUUGCCCCCCCGGCUUUCUCGGGCACGCUGCUUGGGCUGGUUCCCAUCGUGAUCAUGACGAUGGCGGUGUACGUUCUCCUCUACGGCCCUCCGUACAUCGAAACAACCGACUGGGUUCUCGACAGCUACAAACUUCACUACAUGGAUACGGCCGUGGAUCCCGACAACUACGCUAAGGCCAGGUAUGGCCGGCUGGGAGUGUGCUUCGUCACAGUAAGCGCUGUGUGCAUUUGGCAAGGAGCGCGGAUAUUUCUUCCUGAUCGCCAAAGCAAGCGCGCCAAAGAACUGGAGAUAAAACGCGACGCUCGGGCCGAGAAGGAGCAGGUGUGGAUUCCUCUGACCUGGCGACGAAGCAACAUGGUGUUUUCAUCCUACGUUGUGGGUUUGUUCGGACUCUUCAUCUUGGAGUUCUCCCUGUGGAAUAACUUCGGCAACUACAUUUGGUACGUAUCCAUCGGUUUCACCAUACUGCACAUGGUCAUCGGUGAUAUCAUCAGCUACCAACUUAAAGAGGUCCUCUUGGAAGCCCCGGUAGGGACUGGCCUUGGUAUCGUGAUGGGCAUCACGGGGAUGGGCGCCAACGACUUCAUGGACUUCCUGCUAUCGUAUUUUGUAGACCUGGGACUAAUCAUGCUCUUCCGAGUCAACAUCGACCCCGCGCUGGGUGACAUCCUUGAAGCGAUUGGAGAAAUGUACCAGUCGGCUAAAGACUCUAUCAGAAACCGGAUGCCUAUCUGGUUGGCGGCGCGCUUGGCAGUAAAGCAAGACACCAACGACACGACGGCCAGCUCUUCAAAGAAGCGCGAACUGGAAGGCCUCAUAGGAGAGGGAGCGGAAACUGUGGAGCCCAUACUUGGUUCAUUUGGUGGCUAUUCCACUGACAACCUCAGUAACUUCUACUACCCCUACAUCAUUGUGCUGCUUAUGAUUUUCCGCGACGAGGUUGGGCUUCCAUCCCUCUAUGGCAUUCAAGUGCAGGAUAUGGAGUACUACCUAUCGUUUGCGCUCGUCAUUAUUUUUUUCCAGCUUUGCGUCGACGUUUUCAUUCAUGGCGUGCUGGAGCUCUUUCACGGCUGGAAGAUCUACGACUACCUGGUGUACACUCGAUACAGGUUUCUGCAACGGGAGACUCGAUGGAAAGGACUCGAAGACAGCUUGGACGAGUGCAUAGAUGAGAGUAUGCGCACCAUGGAUCAGAUGUGCUUCUCGUCUCAGUACUACAUGAUGAUGACCGUGCACGUCAAUGGCAUUGUUUACUUCGUGCUGGGUGUGCAAAUGAUGAUACGAAAGAGAUACAACUUGUGGGGCGAUCCGCUGCUCGUGAUCAUGAUUCCCUUCGUGGUAGCAAUUGCCUACCUGACCGGGUGGCUGCUUCUCUGGAUAGCUCUGAAGGUGAACAUGUGGAAGAUCAAACACGAGAAUACCGCUUGGCACUCGAACGUGGAUGAUGACGACGACUUCGACAUUCCAGACAUGGAUGACCUCAAGGGUGCCAGCCACGAUGCGUACUUGAUGAACCAGCGAAUUACAAGCGAAACAUUUCGCUACAAGUUUCUCAACUACAACCGCUCCUGGCUGGUGAACCAGCUCCCGUCCAUGCUCACCCCUCGCACACUGAAGAGGAGCCGACCGUACCUCAUCAACCAGUUCUCAAGAAUUUUGAACCAGCUCAAUCGGGAUAUUUCAUCCGACAGUGAAGACGAUUCCCCAGAUUUUGGACCUGUCGCCCUCACGGCUACAUCACGCAAGAUUAUACGAUGGUGGCUGGCCAAAGCUAGAAAACAGGUAAAGCUUCGCGAAACAGUCCAACCACUGAUCAACAAAGCACGGGGGACACAUUGCGAGCAGUGCCUUUCAAAAAAGCAGCUGCAGGCCAAACUCGUGUUUGAACUGGAGGACUUGGCUGCUCAAUUUGCAGCGGAACAGCCUGCGGACGAGUUCGACAAGGUGGCGUGGAAGCGCUUCUGGAUGCAGAAUCAACGGUACGAGACCAUUUGCUUACAGUGCAUAAGCAAGAAUAAGGAGAAGGCCCGGGAUAGCUACGUUCAUGGUGCCAUGGAAGAAAGUGAGGACGACGGAGAUCAAGGCGCAUACCCCGACUGGGGACCAAUAUAUCUCAGUGCUGCCUCCAAGGCGAUCCUAAUGAAGUGGUACCGACGGGCACAAGAGAAUGUCUGGGGAAAAGCAGGACGAAAGAGGCCUCCGGUUCUAGUAGAUAUUUCCGACGAUGAAGGCGAGGACAUACCAGCAGAUUGGGCAGUCGCGGAGGUGGUGCUGUCAGAUGCGAGUAAAGCACUAGCCAUCCGUUGGCUUCGCACAGCUCGGGCAAGGCUACAGCAACGAGGGGAAAAACGACGUACAGAUUAUUAA